ACAGUGAUUUCAUCCUCAAUUUUACUUCCGAUUUUUACAUUUGGAAUUUUUGGUAAUGUUUUAUUAAUUUCUACUAUUCAUAAACAUAAAAAAUUUCAUACACCAUCUUAUAUUUUAUCAGUUAACAUGGCCAUAUCUGACAUUAUACAGCUACUGUUUGGCACCACUUAUCUUGUACUUAACGUUAUCUUGAUAUACGGAUUUUCUUUAAAUACUGCGAGUUAUAAAGCUAUUUGUCAAAUUCACUUUUCGGUACUAAGUUCAUCAUUUACAACUUCGUCGCAGUCACUUUUGGCAGUUAGUAUAGAUCGCUACUUAACCAUUAAUACUGUAAACAAUUCUAAAUCACCAUUUACAAGGCGUAAAGUAUUGAUUUUAACUAUCAUUUAUACAUGGCUUAUAGGAUUCACAUUAGCAAUUCCUGUAGCUUUUGUAGUUGAUAUUAAUCCUGCGUUUCCGUUCUUGUGCGAUUUAAGAUCAAAUGGCAUGGAUCGUAACCAAUUGAUACCUAUAAUUCGAUUUAUAACGGCGAUUAUUUCUUAUCCAGUUCCCUUACUAACAGCGUCAUUCUUAUAUCAGAAAGUAAUUAAACGAAUACGAUCGUCUAUAGUGGCUCACAAUGAAUUAAAAAAUAAAGUUUGUGUAUGGAAGAAUCACUCUAGACAAGUUGAUGCAACUAAAAUGAUGAUUAUAGCAACCGUAAUAUUUAUGAUAAUUGCAUUACCCAUGUUCAUCGUUUUGGUACUAUUUUCAACAACACAAACCUCUGUAACAGAAUUAGUGUUGGAAGGAGGACUUGUACCAUACAUACUUAUAACAGGAUCAUUUUUGCUGGCUAUGAUUAAUUCUGUUCAAAAUCCGCUUGUUUUCUUCGUCUAUAACAAAACAUUUCGCAAAGCUAUA